AUGGAAUCUCCAACCGCGUCUCCUCUUGUAGACUCUGUCAGCGGCCAAUCCUCCAGGUCGAGGAGCAGUACUAAAUUGAACGAUGAUAUAGCGAGUCUUACUUCAUUCAACCCCUUCUCAGAAGAAGAUGAACAUGACCAGUCAUCCUAUACCCUUGUUACGUCAAUACUUUCACGAGUAAAGAACUCCUUAUCAGCCCCGCUUACUUCCGCGGCAGCAACUACUACAAAUGCGACCACAAGCAAUAACAACGCCAACACUGUGACCAAUACCGCUGAAGCUCGACGUCCCACCUAUGCGACUAUUCAAACAAAUUCAUCUAAUUUCUCUUCGAGGACGUCUGCAUCUGACCGACCGAAUCCUCUUGUUGCCGCUCCAGCACAAGCAGCUCCUCCGCUUGUCUCAUUAACACCUGCUCAGUCAGAGCUUCCGACGUACACAGUUGAAUAUGACCGAAGCACAGCACCGAAAACUCCAUACUCCCCUGGCAUAGACCUUGCUGAUAAUGCUCCAUUUGGAACUUCAAUUCCUGGCUUUCCCAUCCAGGAUGAUGCGCGCAGCAUCAAAACCACAACCAGUAUUCAUAAUAGAUCUGGGUCAGUAUCCAAAGUUAUGCGAAGGUUAAGGGGUGAAGGUUUGUCUCGCGACUAUUGGAUGGAUGAUGAGAACUGCAAGGAGUGCUAUGACUGUAAGAGCAUAUUUACUACGUGGAGAAGGAAACACCACUGUCGGAUAUGCGGACAAAUCUUUUGUUCGCGUUGCGCUUCGAACAUAAUCAAGGGAGCUAGGUUCGGCUCGGAAGGGAUGGUCCGCGUCUGCAAUUUAUGUCUAGAAAAACUUGCUAAAGUGGAGGAGGACGAUGAUGAUGAUAGGCGCUCAGUGAUAUCGUCGGCUACCACAUUCCCAGCACAUCAAAUGGGAAUUGAAUCAUUUACUAGUUUACCUCACCCCCAAUCGCCCUUUUCCGCUUCCCACCUUUUUGCGAACGAGCCAUUUAACUUGUUCUCUAUAGCAGAGACCAGAAAGCCCCUAUACGGAUCGGAUGGUAGCUUUUCGCGUCCAGAAACACCUCUCAUGAGAGAAGGAGAAGAUGGAGUCUGGGAAUCAGUUAGGGACAACCCCGCGCCGUUUCGUCGAGCAUUGUCAGACGAAGAAAAAGAACACCAGGAAAGCCCUCCUGCUUCUUUACCCGUAGACCACACAGUACCGAAUGGCAAGAUUAAGAAGCAACUUGGAAUCGACUUUCCGGCUUCCAAACCUAUCGAUAUAGAUGCUUCUCAAAGCUCCAUUCAGUUUCCAAUUGGGUCUCCAGAGCAAUUAGGGACGCCUCGCCUCCAGUUGAAAUCAAGAACUACUUCAAGCCAUCCAUACGGGGAAUUUGAUGUUGCAACGCCUUUUAUCCGGAGUCGGGUGCAGAGCAGGUUGGAGCCACAGACCUUGGAAGUGGAGCCUGGAUGGCGUAUGAGACGAGAAAGUACCGCCUAUGCACAAGAGCUUAACCUUGCAUCAAUGCACCAUUUGAAGAUUAUGCUGCGUCAAAUGUUGACUAGCGAACAAAUCCCAAAUAUCAGGGAAUGGGAAGAAACCUUGCUUCGACUAGCUCUUCGUAUUGCAAGGGAGAUGACCUUCACUUCGCUUCCUCAUCGACAAGGACAAGAUAUGGAUGUUCGACGAUAUGUCAAAAUCAAGAAAAUACCUGGUGGAAAACCGAGGGAUUCAGAAUACGUUACGGGAGCCGUCAUCACCAAAAAUGUUGCCCACAAGCGAAUGUCGAGACUCCAGGCUAAUCCACGGGUCAUGUUAGUGACAUUUCCCUUGGAAUUUUCACGUGUCGAGGGUCAAUAUAUGCACUUCGGUCAAAUUGUGCGUCAGGAAAAAGAAUACUUAGGCAAUCUUGCCUCUCGCAUCGCAGCUCUUAGGCCCCAUGUUGUUCUGGUUGAAAAAUCUGUGUCUAGACUUGCAUUAGAUGCUCUUGCACAACACAAUAUCGCUGUUGCUCGAACUGUUAAAUCGUCCGCCAUUCAGACCAUAGCAAGGAUGACACAGGGCGAUGUGUUCUCAUCAAUGGAUAAAUUGGCACUUGAACCUAGAUUAGGUCACUGUGCACGCUAUUGUAUUCAAACCUACGAUCAUCCACUGAUACCAGGCCAUCGCAAGACUUAUAUGCGUUUUGAAGGCUGCAAUCGGGAUAUGGGAUGCACAAUCAUCCUGCGCGGCGGAAAUAUUGAUACUUUGCGGCGCAUUAAAAAGGUCACACGUUUCCUUACCUUCGUCGUUCGAAAUUUGAAGCUAGAAACCCACCUUUGGAAAGAUUCUGUCAUCAGCCUCCCGUCCGACAAUGCCUUUGCUAUACCCCUUUCUGAAAGUCGCCAGUUACAACUCGACGUGUCGAUGAAUUCGCUACCUUCUGCUAACUUCUCAGCACCUAAGCUUCUCAUAUCGAGUACGGAGCCUGAAAAGAAAGAUGGCGUUGUAAGCCCUCCUAUCGAUGGAACAGAAGAGGAUCUUCCCAAUGAAGAUGCGGAGCAACUUCGUUUGACUCGAAGGAUCGACGAUUCCCUCGAACCCUAUACCAAGACCUUCAUUUCCAUCUCUUCUACACUACGAUUCCCCCCGCCAUACCCUAUUCGAAGAAUGAAGGAACUUGACAAUAAAUUGUUAGAGGCAAAGAGAGCUUGGGAAGAUGAAAUAGUUCGGAAAGAAGAACGCUUCCAAUCGAUGCAUCGGCACGAGGAGACACUCACAGCGUUGACGCCAACUGGCAAUGGACUACUCACUUCUAACAUUGAAGAAUGCGAAGAUAUAUUCGCACAGAUUGAGGCGCUACCUGUCUUAAAUAUUCCGUCUACUCCUUUGAACGCAGAUGGUUUCCCUACCGCGAGCCUUGCAGAUCAGGACUCGUAUUUUUCAUUGCCAACAUCAUCACCUAGCCCUUCGAAACCCACUACACCUGCACUCUCCGCCGUCUCAUCCUCUUUCCUUACUCCAGAGGAACCGGAAUGUUUGAAGACUGUCGCCGAUAUUCACCAUCAGAGUUACUACACGUUCCUGAAAUGGCAGCAUGAAGAAUUCCGUCGUAUUUGGGAGUGGUAUUUGCGAAAAAAUGCCGACGAUUUUGUCAUCGAAAAAUAUCAAUGCAUUCAUGUCAGAGAGUACACUGUUUCUUCCGCUGAUGUCAAUUUACAUCGGCCUUGUUUCGCUCCUCGAAUAACAUAUAUCAAGUUCUACGGGGAAAAUGACAUGACACUCGGUCAAUUUAUCGAGAAGUCCGUUAAUGAAACACUUAUGCAGUACCAGGAUCCGAAGGCUAUUUGCACAGGCAAAGGUUGCGAACAACCUCUUGCUCGACAUUGUAAAGUUUAUGUGCACAAUGAAACAUCCUUAUCGGUCGCCGUUGAGCAAUGGGACGGCCAAAUUAUCGGCUAUCCAUCAUACGACCUUGUUACAACAUGGAGUGCUUGUAGAGUAUGUGGAUCAGCUACGCCAUUCAUUCCUGUUUCGGAAGAAAUGAUGCGAUAUUCGUUUGCCAAAUUUUUGGAACUUCAUUUCUACCCGGCGGAUGUUUUGCUUGUACAUGGAGCAGGGUGCCAACACAACAUAUAUCAACACCACGUCCGAUUCUUUGCCACCAAGGGCAUGACAGUGCGAUUCCAAGCAGAUCCUGUCGUCUUACAGGAAAUCGUAUAUCCGCCUUUCCGCAUUCGCGUUCGGCCUGAGACACAACUUGAACUUAAAAAUGCAGACUUCGAAAGGCUACAUUAUCGUAAUAUGCUUUGGUACACUGGUUUGAUUGACGAUCUCAAGUUGAUUAGCAUCGAUGCCGCGACAGGGGAUGAAGAGACAGACGCACGCCUUUUGGCGGACAUCAAUGCCUUGAUCACCAGGGCAGAGUCUGAAAGAGAAGAUAUCAGUCGAUCCAUCAACGAGACCUAUAGAAAUACGCCACCUACAGAUACACUGGCCCUUAAUCAAAUUCAUGCAUAUCGUCAGGAUAAAAUUGUUGCAUGGCAAAUGGACUUCGAUAGAUUGCCUAAACCACGACCAGUUCAGAACUCCAUCAAUAGGAACAGUAAUCGAUCGUCUGCAUUUGACUCCAUAAGGUCUAUGUGGCCUCGAAGAUACGAUUUAGCUAAUGCUUUCGACAGUCCCCACCUGCCUUCUUCAAGCGUUUCUGAGGCCGAGGAAGUCCCAUACAAGUCACGUAGGAUUGCAGCUAGUAGUUCCGCAUUUGCGUCAUCUGCUUCAGACACCGAAUCUAGCGCUGACAACAACGAACGGGGGGAGAAACUUUUCUUAAAUUCAAAUUUACAGGAGAAUACAGAAGGGGUAUCUGAGAAUGAAGUCCAUGAAGACCUUCCGAAGUCAGAUCCGGACAGCGAUUCCACUAUCGGAGCUCCUCGUGAAGAAGUUGCCAACGCCGAAACAACGAAUAUCAUAAAGGAUGAUGGGAAGUUCGAACCUACGAUAGACGAAUUAAUUUCAAGGCCGUCUCGAGUUCCAAGGCGCCUCAAUUCCAACAUGAGUGUUGCGGACUUGGUCAAAAAAUAUCAAGAUUUUUUACCUGCUCAGGGGAUACACGAAUUGACGAGAACAGCAUUUCCACCGAAACCAGCCAUGUCAGAAAGCGAACAAGAAUAUCCUUCCCAAUUGACCUUAAGGCAGCCAAUACGCAGUAAAAGUCGCCACCGAAUUCCUGUCCGAAAAGCAUCCACCUCUGAUUUUGAACAAGGUUAUGCUGCCAAUGUUGCUCCAAAAUAUCUGACCCAUUCUCGUCGAUCACCUGCUGUAACAAACGGUAGUCGCAUUCCAGCCCCGAAAGGUUCCAAUCUUGAAUCACAAUCUUCCUCCCGAAGGCAUUCUCCAGAAAAACGUUCUUUCAGCGCUCAUGGGAAAGAGGUUCGUUUUAGUCGUCCUUCCUCUCCAUCUGGCAAACAACCGGUUCCCCCUGGUCCUAAACAACCAAAGCCGCGCAUCGUCAGUCGAACUAAAGACAAACCCCCACCCCGUCCUUCCUCGAGUUCCGCGACUAAGUCAACUUUUCGAAGGCUUCCUAGUGGCACUGGAAAUAAAGUUUCCAAUAUAGCAAAACACUUUGAACGCUUGGGUCGCGACGCCGAACGGUCUAAAAGUAGAUAUGCUGUGAUUCGCGGGAAACGCGCCCGCCCAGUUGCCUCUGCACGUGCUAAAGUUGAGGUGCUGAACAGUGUAAAGGACGCCAUACGCGACGACUCUGAAAGUUCUGAUUCUUCCAGCGAAGCUGAUGAUGAAGAUGAAGGGAACGACGAAGAUCAGCCUGCUACGGCAACCUCUGCGCAAACAUUGCCAGAGAAAAAUGAGGAAUUACCCACGGAGCCUGUCACCAAAGUGAUUCCGACGAUUGAUUUAGCAUCAACAGAGCAUUUACCCAUAGGACAAGAAGAACCUACAACAUCGCUUCCUCCUCCUGGUCAGAUAUCAGUACCUUCGUCACCAUUCUUAUCUGCCACAAUCAGAAAUAAGCAAGAUACGACGCUCACACCCCCUCCAUCGGAUUUAGAGCUUACAGGCGGCACGGAAAGGAACUCUAUUUUGAAGGCGUUAUCAGGGUUUUGGCCUCAGCCCGUUAGACAUUCCGUUGAAGGUGAUGAUCCUAUGAGCGACCCUGAACACAUUUUUCGUGAUUCCUCUAUGGUUGUUCGGCUUGAUGAACCUACUUCAAUCAUAGCCCUUGCCUUGAAUUCGCCACAGUAUCGUGAUCUGCUAGCCAAGUCACGGGCAGAAAAGAAAACCGCAAGGGAAGCAAAAAUAUCUGAAGGAAGUGAAGCAUUCAUGCCAGACGACGGUUCUGUCGGGGACUCAUCCUCUACAUGGGGUGUCGUUAACGUGGAUUCUGACUCGGCCGAUCCAACAGAAGACCUUAGAGCACCUUCUUCCAAGCUGCCUUGGGCAAUCUCUUUUGAAAGUGGCGGAUUGACGAUCAGCUGCACUGUUCUGUACCCAGAACAGUUUGAUGCUUUGCGCAGAACAUACGAUUGUGAGAAAAGUAUGGUGGAGUCUUUAUCACGAUGCGUCAAAUGGAAUGCCAGCGGUGGUAAAUCAGGAUCCGCAUUCCUAAAGACAAGAGAUGAUCGAUUUAUUGCGAAAGAGUUAUCCAAGCCUGAGCUACAGACCAUGGAAACUUUCGCUCCUGCUUACUUUGACUAUAUGUCUUCUUCAGUACAUGCAGAUCGGCCCACACUUUUGGCCAAAGUCUUUGGAUGCUAUAAAUUAACAUUCAGGAAGACAGGAAAGGAUAAAGGCCCUGGCAAAUCGAAAUCGAUGCAGAUGAACUUGCUGGUUAUGGAAAACCUCUUUUACGAUAGACGUUUUACUAAGAUAUAUGACUUGAAAGGGUCCACAAGGAACCGUCAUGUCCAAUCUACGGGAAGAGAAAACGAGGUUUUACUGGAUGAGAAUCUUGUUGAAACCUCGCAUCUCAAUCCCUUUUACCUUCGUGAACAUUCUAAGCGAAUACUUCGCGGUGCAUUAUACAACGACAGCAAGUUCCUAUCCGAUAUCAAUGUCAUGGAUUAUUCUCUUGUCUGUGGUGUUGACAGCCAAAACAACGAGCUCGUUAUUGGUAUCGUUGAUUAUAUUCGCACAUACACUUGGGAUAAGAAACUCGAAAGUUGGGUCAAGGAAUCUGCGUUCUUAGGAGGAGCAGGAAGGGGAGAACCCACCAUCGUUACUCCAAAACAGUAUCGGCAACGGUUCAUUAGCGCCAUGGAACGCUAUUUUCCUUUGAUACCGGAUAGAUGGAUGAAGCAACGCGACACACCAGAAGAAGAGUCAUCUAUCAUUUUAUCUGAAUUAUGGCCGGACUGGUAG